AUAAUGUAAUUGACAGCGGCCCUCAUUCAGGUCAGGAAAGGCCCAGGGAAAGGGGGAUGGACACAACAAGUAAUAUUGCUCAGAUAUUUUGGUCUCCGACAUUUGCAAGUGAGGACAUUUCAGGGCCAAUGGGUACCACGUUUACCAUCUGCUGUUGUGAUUACUAUCUGAAACACAACAGGGAAGAGAAGAAUGCUAUUUUGUGCAUGCGUACCACCGCAGCUUCCACACAACCAGAGUUGUCAUCCAGUGAGUCCAGCGACAGUGACAUAGAAGAGGAGAGCCUUUUUGGGCCUCAGCCUUCGAGAAGGAGGCCACGGAACCACCAGCUGAGCCAGAGGAGCACUGUGGAUCGAUGGGCAUCCACAAACAGAGCCUGUGAGUCUCCCAUUAGGAGAGGAUCGGACAGAGAGUUACAGGAUUUUAUCAGCAUGAGAGACAAGGCUGACCAGGCUACAGAGGAAUGGGAGAAGCUGAAUUAUGACAUCCACACUUUACGCUACGCCAGACGGGAAGUCAGAUCUCGAUGGAAGAAAAUCCUGCUGCUGCUAGGUUACCAGCGCGAGGUGGACUCCUUGCUGUGUGUGAACAGACAGAACCGCUUCAGCCGAGAUCAGGAGCAUCUGAACAAAGCCACUGAACUGUUGAAACAGCUGCUGGACCACACCUCGCUGUUUCCUUCUGAAACUGAACACCAGAACACAUACCUCUGUGUCAUGGACCGCCUGGUGUCGCUGGACAGUGCUGAAGAUUUUGUCAGACUGGCCAAAGAAAAGUAUCCCAAGAAAGUAGGCUGAGAGAGAGAAAGAGAGUGACAGAAAGAAGACAGCAUAAAGGCUGGAAGAGGAGGGUAAAGAAACGUCAACAUCUCUAAUAUUCAUUGAAUUGUAGAGGAAAAUGUCAUUCUAAUGGCAAAUUAAAAUACCUUCUCUUUGUCCUGUCACCUUUUGAUUAAAUGAAUUUAAAUCCACUGUGUAUUGGUAAGUUGCACAUUUGUUGUUUGCACCAGAGGUUGUCAACCUUUUUUCAUUUUUCCAGCCAAGGACCCCUUUAAAGAUAGAAAACACCAGGGACCCUAAUGUAUAUCCCCUGGCAUGAUUUGACGUAGCCUAUUUAUUUAUUUUUUUACACUUGUAUAGUCUUAAAUGUGUAAAGGAACAA